AUGGCGCGCCGCGGCAAGGGGGGCGGCGCAGCGGAGGUCGACCAGGCACUCGCCGAGCUCGACAUCGAUGCGCAGGCUUUCACCCCCCGAAGCACCGAUCGGACAAUCGCUGACAAGUACGGGCCCAACAAGAGCGACAAGGAGUACGCCAGCCUCAUCGACCAGGACUUCUGCAUCGACGCAGACUACCACUUGCAGUAUUUAGAUUCGAGUGGACGCUUUCGCGUCCAUCGAAAUUGCUUCAACGACAGGGGCGAGAUCGGCUCGCUCAUCGAUCGCCAAAAGUCGGUGGAGAGCGUCGGGGUCUCGGAUACAAAGUCGGCUUGGCUCAUACAAGACGAAGACGCCAACAAUAGUGAUGGGCUCAGUGCAAUUCAUAGCGCGGCGCUCCUGGGCGGGCUGAAGCGCGCGUGGCUUGCCGACAAGGGUCGGAAGAACCGCUCCGUCCAGCUGGGCAUCCAAGAGGGCAUGCGCCACUGCAAGCUCUACCGCAGGGGCAUCUACCAACACCCCGAGUGUUUGGUCUUCCUGAAAGAGCUCGGAAACAAGACCAAUGCGGCGUUCAACAAGAAAGCUCAGGCAUCGAGCUGGACGUACUCUGGUCUCGGGCAGAAGGUGUGGAGGGAGAAACGUUGGGAAAUCGCCAAUGCCAUGUUUGAGGGUCGUUGGUCUUCGCCGAACAACUAUCGUGAUUGCCAAUACUUCUGCAAUGCUGCCACGACGAUCUAUCACGACGAGGAUGCCGUGCACCCCUACCUUCCUGGAGUUCGGCACGAGUUUGCUGGCAAGUCUAUCUGGGAGGAGCUCGACUACAAUAUCAAGAACGAGGUCGACUUUACCCGCAUGCCGCUUGGCCACAUUCACACCGUCUUCAACCUUGCAGCUACGGUGAUGCGGACCUUCAAGCAGAAGCCGACGCUGAUCGUCGACAUCGUUCUCUUGAUGCUCCCGAAGGCGAAGCGCUACGAGGGUGACAGCACUGCUUGGGGCAAAUGCCAGCUCGCCCCUGAUGGCCUCCCACUACUGGUAGGGGUCAAUGAGGCCAGCUUGAAGGGCUCGUUGGAUGAGAUCGGCACGGACUCGAAGCUGUGCGACGCCCAGAAGUUGGCAGCGAAAAAGGCAGCGAUCAAGCAGCGGAUGCAUAUCGCCACGAAGCGCAAGGCAGCGGAGGCACGCGGCGGCGAUGGGCAGGAGGCGGCGCCCCAGGCAAAACGCCCUCGGGGGCGCGGAGGUCGCGCCACCGCUGCCAGUCGAGGUCGAGGCAAGGGGCGCGGCAAAGGCCCAGCCAGUGGAUCUGCCCAUGAGCCCCUUCCGCUGUGUGACGGCGGGGAGGGUGCAUCAGAUGCGGUUGCAGGGCGGGACGUGGAUGUCGGCAUCGACGUCGACGCCCGUGGCACAUUCGCCGAUCACAUGUGCGCCACCUCCGCGUACCUCGCGAAGAUCGACGAGAGUGGAAGGCAGUCGGCCAAGAUCGGAGCAUUCUGGAAGAGCACGCUGUAUGCGGCAGCAAAUGAUGUGGUGCGCCUGAAGCUCGGGUCGAAGGAUGCGAUGACGGAGGUCAGGGGUUGGAUCAUGCUGAGGCAGAUGUUCAAAGUGCUGCUGUACAAGAGUGCAGAGCUCACUGCGAGACCGAGCGAUUGCGAUAAGGACUUCGUCGUGGCCGCAUCUGCCGACAACGACGACGACAUCGGCGCGACCAUGUCGGUUGCCCAGCUGCAACAGAAGAUCGGCGAGCUGAGCGAGCCUGCGGCGACGCUGCUCGGCAUCCUCCAGCAAUCUAACCCUCGCACCGUCCCCGUCGCGGCCAAUCUCUUGUCUGGCGGUGUGAUGAACUCCGCUAUGAUGGCGCUGCUCCAGCACGUCGUGACGAUCGGAGGUGCGUUCGAUACCGAGGACAACGCGUGCGCUUUUCUCGUCAAGGUUCUGACCGAGGCUGUCUCGGAGAAGCUCCCGAGAUCCUCCGACGACGUGGCCGAGCUCAUCCAGGCGACGAUGAAUAGCGACAACAUGCCGCUUCUCUCUGGCACGCCCUUCGAAGACAUCAUGAAGCUCAACAUAGACCAGAACUCCAUACUGAUGACCGACAGCAUCAUCGCUCUUACCGGCUUGACGAACGAGGCAGUUCGGAAUGCGAUUGGUGGCCACGUAUUUGUUUUGAAUGGGAUCCAGAGGGCGACAGGCAUGAGCUUUCCUGCUUUCUGGCAGCGGGUCUACCAGAAGUGUCUGGAGUUCAACGCGCACUGCAAGACUCACGAUGGCAUCGGCUUUCAGCAGAGCAAGGACAAGCUCUAUGAGGUUUUGAUGUCGAAGUCGCACGCGAAGUUUCUGUGCACCGUCAAGGAGCACGGCAUCCAGAUGCCGCCAGGCUGGGAGAUCAGUGGCAACAUCGACGUGUUCCCUACGCAGCGCCAGAAGGCGGUGGCCGACGUCGUCGAACAGUUCGUGAAGCAACACCCGUUGUCCCUUGAUGCGUGCGCUAAGCUAGCAGACCCUCUCGGCUCGGUCGUGGCUGGUAUGAAAGGUCAACACCUGCCGCAGGCCGCGGGGCGGCAGGGGCAGGACGUGCAGAUGGUUUCAACUGGCGAUCUUCCUGGCGGCGAGAUCAGGAAGUUCGGGCCAGCGCCGCUGACCCAGUGGCGCAAGGAGAUCCUGGCGCAGGAGACGGCAGAAUCCGCAUCGCCGAUCGGCAAGCAGAACAUCGCGAAGCGCUACCUGAUGAGCACCAUCCAAACCGUUCUCAUGAAGAGAGCCGCCAUCGACUAUGAUGCGGACAACGUGGACCCAUCCAAUCUCCCCAUCACGCGCGAUUUCGAGGUGGACCCAGAGAACCCGAAGAUCACGUUGCAGCGCGCGGCGGGCGCUGGACCUUGUAAGCUCACUUUCUUCGGGCGCGUGGUGGAAGAGGCAGCCGCGCAGCUUCUCGGCAAGGCCACCGCCGUGCAGAUCGUCGCGGAGACUGAAGGCGACGAGAGCUUCUACAUCGACGGCAAGCUCUACAUCGACAGCGGCAGGUCGGACUGCAGCGUGGCGUUCCUCAUGCCGCCCCUGCCUCCCUCAAAGAGCUCAGUUUCGGAAUGCGGGGAGCCGUCGAAGGUGCAGGAGAAACAGAAAAAUGGUAAACAGCCUUUGGUCGCCACCCACCGCAUCGAGUACCGCGCCGAGGAACUGGAGGACCCCUUCGGUUGCGUGCACGUCUUCAAGAUGCCCUACUUGACGGACAUCCCCGAUGAGGUGGCGAUCAAGCAGUCCGAGCUGGGCGCGCUCUAUAGGGAGCGCGCGCCAUUCGACGAUCACAAACCAGAGAG